CGGGCGUGUAAGGAACUUUAUAAAAGAAACGACCAAAAACUGUGUAAAGACUGAGCCUAGUCCCCCUAGUCAGUUGGUAUACGCUACUGUGGGCGGUCGCUAUGCGCUAUGGCUAGGAAUGAAGACCUGUAAAGCGUUUAAAACUCCAGGUUUCAGUCCUGAGUCCUCCUCUAACCUGUGUGGCUGAUGACAUUGACCGUAUCAGGGAGUGGAGUCUAAGGUGCCACUGGUCUUCACCAGAUCCCGUCGCAAGGCAGGAUGGGUUCGCUGCGGCAGACGACACCCAGGUCGCUACCCCCGACACAGCUCGACCACACAGUUAUGAUCAUCUAAAAUGGCAAUAACAAAAUUACUUCAACAUUGGCCGUGUAUGUCUAUUUUGAAAAAUGCCUGCUUCAUGUGUUUAAGAAUACAAAACAGGUUACUGCUUCACCAAACCAGCAGGAGAUACUUACUAAAAGAACUUAACUAUGGCACAGUUAUUCCAUGUAAAGGAUACCACUCUCUCACAUUGUAUCUUCCUCGUGUUAUAUCAGAGUGUUCCAUACAUCUUUAUGGAAAAAGAGAAAAUAUGGAGCUAAAAGACAAAAAGAUAGAUGAGAAAUAUUUGUUAGACCAGUUGUGCUGCCUUUAUUCAACCAAACAAAUCCUACAAUUGCUGGACACUGCUGAACAUAUAUCUGAUAGGUUGGCUGCAGAAGCAUUGCUAAAAAUUGCUGAAGUGGAAUCCAAAAAUGGUAACUUAUUUAGUCACAGUGAGCUGUUUAAAAACAAGACUUUUCAAGCCAUUCUUGUACAGUUUGAGCAGGAAUGUCAGAAAUUAUCUACAUCUAGCCUGGUGAAUGCCCUAAAAGCAUUUGUUCAGUUAGGCAUGAACAUAAGGAGCACUUCAUUAUCGUGUUUUUUACACGAAUGCCAAGAAAGAGUUUUCAAUGGACAAAUGACAAUAGAAAAUCUUUGUGUCUUAGGUAAAUGUUUGUCAUCUAUCGAGUCAGACAGUACUAUGUUAGAAUCAAUCAUGAAUCACGUGCAAAUGAAGGAGGUUGAAAGGUGGACUUCAGAAGAGAUUGUAAUGGUUUAUUCCUUGUUACCAGCUAUUUCCUUCAAUGGACUCCAAUAUCAAAGCUUAUUAGAUAAAAUGCAUACUGUUGCAACUUUAGUAUCAACACAACUAAGUCCCAAACAGAUCAGUUCUGUGCUUUAUUCUUUGGUAAAGCUCCAACAAACAGAAGCCAUGGGUCUCAUCAUAAACUUGUGCAGGCGUUCUGUAAAAUAUAUACCUGCCUUCACAGAUGAAGAGCUUUCGAACGUCUUGGCUGCUUUGAAUGAAUUAAGUUGUUGUGAUCCAGACCUUACUGAAGCUUUAGAAAAGCGAGUGUCUGAAACCGCAUUUACAAUGUCACCAGAGGCAGUUACCCAGGUCAUGCAGUAUUGCAGUAAAAAUCGAAUACUCUCUAAACCAAUUUUUAAUGCUGUAGCUGAAAGUUUUGUUUAUAAUUCAGAAAAUUUUACUACCUAUGAAAUUACAGCGCAAGUUACUCCUUUUGGCAAGCUGAAUUACCUUCCACCUAAUGCAUCUGAUUUGUUCAGGCGCUUGGAAAGAGUUAUGAGCAAUCGUUUUUCACAGUUCCAGCCACAAACCUUAUUGAAUUUGUUGCACUCAUGCACACUCAUACAGCGCUUUCCUGUCAAUUUUUUCGAGAAGGUUUUCAGUCCUUACUUUAUUCAACAGCUGCAAGAUCAGAAUGGAAACAUAGAUCCAUGUGUGUUAUCCCAGCUGGCACAAUUAUAUCUGACUGUUAACCUGGAAUGCCCCUUCUACAAGGGUCCAAAACUCUUUCCAAAAUACAGACUAAAAUCGUUGAGUACAUCUGGAUGUUCAAUAGAAACAAAGGUCGAUCAGAUUAUGUACAAAAAGGUUAAAAAGGGGUUGAUUGGCCUGUUAGGAGAAAAACUGUACUUCGCUUCCCAGGUCCUAUCUCCACAGGGUUACAUACUAGAUAUAGAAAUUGGCUUGGAUGAAAAUGGAUUUGUUUUGCCACACUGCAUUUUGAAGAAAUCCAGUAAAAGAAUAGCUCUAUGCAUUGAUGAUGAAAAAAGAUUUUGCUCCAACAGCAAUAAUCUUCUCGGAAAAGAAUGUAUCAAACAAAGACACUUAAAAUUACUUGGAUAUCAUGUUGUACAGAUACCAUUUUAUGAAAUCCAUAACUUGCACAUCGAUGAAGAAAUUGUUGAAUAUCUUCACAAGAAGAUAUUUCCACAUUCAUACAGAAUGAAAUGGUAAUACAUACAAAGAAACCACAUAUGGACUUAUCUAGAAUUUUGAUUUUACAAAUAGAAUAAAUACAUACAAAAAUGUUUACUAAAUGUUUUUGUAAAUAUUUCCAGAUUUAAAAAUCUGUUGUUGAAAUUGUGAUUCUGGAUUAAAAUGAAACCAUUAAUAAAGGAUCUUGCACU